CUCCCUCUACGGUGUAUAUGGGUGCUCGCUCCCGGCGCCAGCUUCCUGUAGUGUGCUCGCUCCCGGCGCUGUCAUCGGUCCUGUGGUGUCUCACGUGUGUGUGUGUGUAUAAAAGCAGCGGCUCUGUCCUCAUCAUGUCCACUGUGUCGCCUGACAAGCGGAGGAAGAUGGAGUCCGCCCUGAACCAGCUGAAGAAGCACACGGUGGUGGUGGCGGACACCGGAGACUUUCACGCCAUUGACGAGUACAAGCCUCAGGAUGCCACCACUAACCCAUCACUCAUCCUGGCUGCCGCGAAGAUGCCAGCCUACCAGCAGCUGUUGGAUCAGGCCAUUAAAUACGGCAUCGCCAAAGGCGGAACUGAAGACGAGCAGGUCGCCAACACCAUGGACAAGCUGUUUGUGAGUUUCGGGCUGGAGAUUCUCAAGAAGGUGCCGGGCAGAGUCUCCACUGAGGUGGAUGCCAGGUUGUCUUUCGAUAAAGAUGAAAUGGUUGCGAAGGCUCUGAGGCUCAUCGCUCUGUACGAGGAGGCGGGCAUCGGUAAGGAGCGUGUGCUUAUCAAGCUGUCAUCUACCUGGGAGGGGAUCCAGGCCGGCAAGGAGCUUGAGGAGAAGCACGGCGUUCACUGCAACAUGACCCUGCUGUUCUCGUUUGCUCAGGCUGUGGCCUGCGCAGAAGCAAAUGUCACACUCAUAUCGCCCUUCGUCGGACGCAUCCUGGACUGGUACAAGGAGAGCACAGGCCGCAAGAGCUACGAGCCACAUGAAGACCCAGGUGUGCUGAGUGUGACCAAGAUUUACAACUACUACAAGAAGUUUGGUUACAGCACCGUGGUCAUGGGUGCCUCGUUCAGAAACACGGGUCAAGUCAAAGCCCUGGCCGGCUGCGACCUGCUCACCAUCUCCCCUGGGCUGCUGGCAGAGCUCAGCCAAGAUCACAGCACCGUCACCGAGAUGCUCAAUGCUGAGAAAGCCAAGGCCAGCGAUCUGGAGAGGAUCCACCUGGAUGAGAAGGAUUUCCGCUGGGAACACAACGAGGACCGCAUGGCAGUGGAGAAACUGUCCGAUGGCAUCCGCAAGUUCGCUGCAGACGCCAUCAAACUGGAGACCAUGAUCAAAGAGAAGAUGCUCGGUGUGAAAAACGGCCAGUAAAGGACAGACUCGGCAUCUCCGGCUGCGUUGACAGGAAGUAAACGUGAGAGAAGGUCCGAAGCACCAGAAGGCCUUCUCGCUCCUCACCUGACUAAACUCCAGGGACCCUCCUGAAUGGACAACUCUCCUCUCUUAGACUGAGACCAGCUUUUUUUCAGACCAAACACAAAUGAGUAAUUAACGUUGACGUGCAGUUUUAUGUGAAACAGUCUAAUAUUUACCAGAAACCUAAAAAGAUAGGAACAAAGACAAUGUCUCACUGAGACUUGAAUAGAAAGGACCAUUUGACCAGGAAGGACGAUAAAUUAGCUCCACGCUCGGGUCGAUAAAGACAAUUGUACCGUCAUUCCUUAGAAUAUUAUAUUUUGCUCUUUGAAUAAAUAAACAUCUUAACCUUUG